CAGAAGUUAAGAACCCUGCUUGAAGUGCGCGUCCCUUUCGCGGAACAGCGCGAAGCAAAAUUGGCUCUCGUUUAUACGCGGUAAUUUUGGCUUGGAAAACUAUGGACAAUGCUCAUAAACGCCAAGUGGUGGAGAACCUCUUCCUAACGUUCGCGACCAAGCAGGCGGAACUGUUCAAGCAGUACGAUGCGAACCGGAAAAAACGGUCGAAAAUUUUCCUCCAGCGACUGCGCUACCAGCUGAAACGAAACGGGGAAAACCAUCGCAAGGAAUGGAGCUCCAAACUGGAGGCCGAGCUGCUGGAAAGCAUUCCGACGCGCAAGAUAUGGAAGCUGAGCCGCAACGACAAGUGGUUCCGGGAGCUGUUCGAGCAGGAGGACAACGAGGAUGAUCUGCUGCGCUACUUCCGGAUGGGUCGGGCCAUGUACGACACGCUGGUGGCGAUGCUGCGGCAGGAUCUCGCCCCUCAUCCGCUGCUGGCGGCCCAGUCCUGCAGCGCGGAGAAGAAGGUCGGCAUCGGGCUGUACAAGCUAACCACCGGGGCCGACUACACCACGAUCGGCAAUAUGUUUGGCGUGCACAAGGCGACGGUCAAGAACUGUGUGCAUCAGUUUUGCAAAUCGUUGGUGAAAAACUACAUGGAUUCGGAGAUCUAUCUGCCUGACCAGGAGGAAAUGGCGGAGAUAAGCAAGAGCUUCGAGGACAAGAGCGACAUUCCGCUGGUGAUUGGGGCGAUGGGUCGUUUGCACGUUCCUAUCACACCGUCGUUGGCUGAUUCGAAAAAUUACAUCAACGGGAGAAAAUGGCCCUCGUUGAUCCUGCAGGCUGUGGUCGACAACAAUCAUUGUUUCAGACACAUCACGUGCGGACACGUCGGUGCAACCGAGGACAGUGUGGUGCUGGGUGAUUCUGGAUUGUACCAACAUUUCGACGGCGCAGACUUGCCUUCCCAGAACAUCAACGGAAACACGGUGAAAUCCUUUAUCGUGUCGGAUACAGUUUACCCGCUGCUGCCCUGGCUACAGCACGGCUACAUGACCCCGACGACGACGGAGGAGGAAACCUUUAACGAGCAUCUGAACAAGGCACGCGUCGCCGUUGACGAAGCGUUUGAUCGGUUGCGCGCGCGAUUCCGAAUACUGCAGCGGAAGAUCGAUAUAGACAUUAACUUCGUGCCGCAGAUCCUGCUGACGUGCUGCAUUCUGCACAAUUUUCUCGAGAAGAACAAGACCCCGUUCCUGGAGACGUGGUCGGAGGCGCUGCAAGAAUCGAACCAAAAGUAUCCGCAGCCGGACGGAUCGGCCAGUUUGAACUACACGACCACGGUCGAAGGCGAAUCCAUUCGGGACGUACUCAAGGAGCAUCUACACUCGAAGUAUGUGCUGUUCCGGACGAUCGAAUACAACCAGGUGUAUUUUAUCGGCGAGGGAAAUAACUGAAUGAAACUAAAGGAACAAUCCAAAAACAUAUUAUGCAAUUUGUUAGGCUAUGAUUAUUGAGACGAAUAAACUAAAUAUGAUUACAAUUUA